AUGCGGAUUGGAAAGAAGCAGAAAGUUGGUCAAGCGCCAUUUUCAUCAAUAAAGCAGGAGGAGGGAAGUGCUACGGAAAGUUUUCAAACUGAACGCCUACCAUGGAUGUCGCUGUUCAGGCUGACAAAAGUUUACGGAAAGCGAAAUGUUGUCAACAAUGUGACCCUGGACUUGUUUGAAGGCGAGACACUGGCUCUUUUGGGUGGAAAUGCUUCGGGGAAGUCGACACUUCUGCAGAUGAUUACAGGUUUGCUCCAGCCUACGUCUGGAAGUAUUCACGUGUGCCCCGGCUCAGGACCAAAAGAUAUCUCAGCCAUUAGGGAUCGUAUCGGUCUGUGCAGACAGCAGUCGGCGUUGUUUGAUUUUCUCACUGUGGAACAGCAUCUGGUGUUUAUUGCUAAGCUACGUCGUAUGGAAAGCCAAGACAUAAAGGCACAGCUAAACCAUCUUCUAGACUUGCUGAAUCUAGAAAACAAUCGUUAUACAAUAGUGACAUUUCUCUCCACUGUCUCAAAAAGCGCUCUCUCUUUGGCUUUGGCGCUCAUGGGAAACCCAAAGGUAAUAGCCCUAGACGAACCGACUCAAAAUAUGGACCCGUGCAUGCGACAACAUGCAUGGGAGGCCAUUAACCAGUCUAAGCAAGCAGGUUCUGUGAUAAUUCUCAGUACACAGAGUAUGCAAGAGGCGGAGGCCCUGGCUGACCGCAUUGGGGUUCUGCAGAACGGAUCUCUAGUGGCUUGUGGCACCAUGGCAGAGUUGGAGGAAAAAUAUGGUAAGAUGUUGUUAAUGUUCACUAUGACCUCAAGCGUAGAAUAUUAA